CGGUGUGACUUCGCCCGCGGUCACCCCCGGGCCCGGCGGCGCCUUUACACGGAGCGGGCUGGCUGCUCACUAAUGUUUAACCUCGGGCUGAAACUUGCAAGCGCAGCGACUCCGCGCCGCUAGCAGCGGCGCAGGACGCCUGUUUCCGCGGCUCGCCGGACUUGGACUUGCCUUCCUUCCUGCUCUGGAAAGCUCCUUUCUGGGGACGCUCGGACCAUGAAGACGCUGUGGAAGAUCGUCCUGGGGGUGCUGGGUGCGGCUGCGCUCAUUACCAUCAUCACCGUGCCCGUGGUUUUGCUGAACAAAAGCACAGAUGAUGAAGCUAACACCGGCAGAACUUAUACUUUAACGGAUUAUUUAAAAAAUACUUUUAAACUGAAGUUCUACUCCUUACGGUGGAUUUCAGAUCAUGAAUAUCUCUACAAACAAGAUGAUAAUAUCUUGCUAUUCAAUGCUGAAUAUGGAAACAGCUCUGUUUUCCUGGAGAACAGUACAUUUGACACAUUUGAAUAUUCUGUACGUGACUACUCCGUGUCUCCCGAUCGACAGUUUAUUCUCUUAGAGUACAACUAUGUGAAGCAAUGGAGGCAUUCCUACACAGCUUCAUAUGACAUUUAUGAUUUAACUAAAAGGGUGCUGAUUACAAAUGAGAAAAUUCCCAACAACACACAGUGGAUCACUUGGUCACCAGUGGGUCAUAAAUUGGCCUAUGUUUGGAACAAUGAUAUUUAUGUUAAAAAUGAACCACAUGUACCAAGUGAGAGGAUCACAUGGUCUGGAAAAGAAAAUGCAAUAUUUAAUGGAAUAACUGACUGGGUUUAUGAAGAGGAAGUCUUCAGUGCCUACUCUGCUCUGUGGUGGUCUCCAGGCGGCACUUUUUUAGCAUAUGCCCAAUUUAACGACACGGAAGUCCCACUUAUCGAAUACUCCUUCUACUCUGAUGAGUCACUGCAGUACCCCAAGACGGUGCAGAUCCCGUACCCGAAGGCCGGAGCUACAAAUCCAACAGUGAAGUUCUUUAUGGUAAAUACAGACACCUUCAGCCCUGAUGCCAAUGCAACUUCCACACAAAUCACGGCUCCUGCUUCUGUCUUAAUUGGAGAUCAUUACUUGUGUGAUGUGACUUGGGCCACCCGAGAAAGGAUUGCUUUGCAGUGGCUCAGGAGGAUUCAGAACUAUUCUGUCAUGGAUAUCUGCGACUAUGAUAGACCCAAUGACAAAUGGAAUUGCUUAGUGGCACGACAAGUCAUCGAAAAGAGCCAAACGGGCUGGGUUGGAAGAUUUCGGCCAUCAGAGCCUCACUUCACGUCCGACGGUACUGUCUUCUACAAGAUUAUCAGUAACGGUGAGGGCUACAUACACAUCUGUCGUUUCCGAAUAGGUUCUGAGGGCUGCACUUUUAUUACAACAGGAGCCUGGGAAGUCAUCAGCAUUGAAGCUCUUACCAACGAAUACCUAUACUACAUUAGCAAUGAACAUAAAGGAAUGCCAGGAGGAAGAAAUCUGUAUAAAAUCCAACUGAACAACACGAACAACGUGAAGUGCAUUACCUGUGAGCUGGAUACAGACAAGUGCCAAUACUUUUCUGUGUCUUUUAGUAAAGAGACCAAGUAUUAUCAGCUAAGAUGCUCCGGCCCUGGUCUGCCCUUGUAUACUCUGCACAGCAGCAGCAAUGACAGAGCACUGAGAGUCCUGGAAAACAACUCCGCUCUGGGUGAAUUGCUAAAGGAUGUGCAGAUGCCCACAAAGAAACUGGACUAUCUUCAGAUGAAUGGAAUGAAAGCUUGGUAUCAGAUGAUCUUGCCUCCCCAUUUUGAUGAAUCCAAGAAAUAUCCUCUACUAAUAGACGUAUAUGCAGGCCCCUGUAGUCAAAAAGCAGACACCGCCUUCAGACUCAACUGGGCUACUUACCUUGCAAGCACAGAAAACAUUAUAGUAGCUAGUGUUGAUGGCAGAGGAAGUGGUUACCAAGGAGAUAAUAUCAUGCACGCAAUAAACAGAAGACUGGGAACAUUUGAAGUGGAAGAUCAAAUUGAAGCAGCCAGACAAUUCUCAAAAAUGGGAUUUGUGGAUGAGAAACGGAUUGCAAUUUGGGGCUGGUCAUAUGGAGGGUACGUAACCUCCAUGGUGCUGGGAUCCGGAAGUGGUGUGUUCAAGUGUGGAAUUGCUGUGGCUCCUGUGUCACGCUGGGAAUACUAUGACUCGGUGUACACAGAACGUUACAUGGGCCUCCCAACUCCAGAAGACAACCUUGACCAUUACAGGAAUUCAACAGUCAUGAGCAGAGCUGAAAAUUUUAAGCAAGUUGAGUACCUCCUUAUUCAUGGAACAGCAGAUGAUAAUGUUCACUUUCAGCAGUCAGCUCACAUCUCCAAAGCGCUGGUGGACGCUGGAGUGGAUUUCCAGGCAAUGUGGUACACGGAUGAAGACCAUGGAAUAGCAAGCAGCUCCGCACAUCAGCAUAUAUAUACCCACAUGAGCCACUUCCUGAAACAAUGCUUCUCUCUUCCUUAGCACCUGGCAAGAGCAGGCCAUUUAAGGCUUAUCAUCAGCCCCUUUUGUUUUCAUUAUCUCAAACUAUACUGUCAAGAUCUUAUGGAAAAUAUACUCAGAUCAAGAAAUUUAAGAUGACCCCUACCCCCAGUUUUAAGGCGAUACCCCUAAGUAAAGCUCUCUGACUUUGCAACAGAUUAUUUUAUGCCUCUCUUCCCAAAAAAAGUUUGAAAUGAUUCAGCCCAGUUUUGUUUAUCAUUUAAAAUCAUUUCCACGUCAGCUGCUGAAACAAGAGAAAAUACGAUUUUCUUUUCAUGGGCGUUUUGCAUAGGUUCCUGGACAGGAUUUCUCUUUUUCUAACUGGACUAGCUGAGAUCAUUCUCUUCUUGAAAGGGCUGGCAAGAUGUGGCAGUGAUGUCCCCAGGGCAGAGGCAAGGACAAGAGGGGUCGGUGGCAGAGAGGAUAGCCUGGGGCCCCAAGACCGAGCAUGCUGACCCCACCAGGCUGCUGUCAGCUCCCUCGGAGAAGCGCCGCUCACAGCCAGACGGGCACGGUUUUCUGAGAAAGGCGAUUCAAACAGUCUCAGGAAAUCAUAGAUGCAAAGCAGCGACUUCUGAGUAAAACCACAGCCGUUGACUCGAUUCCAGAGAAAGCCGAGGGAAACUGCCAAGAACGCACGGCCCCCAGGUGCCAGUUACGGCUACAGGUGCCACACAAACACAGCCAGGGCGGGGAAGCCUGCGUUCCAAAAGACAAGACUGAUGUUUCAGAGUGGAAGAAAGAGGCAACUUGGAACUGGAUAGGAACACAUCACCUUGCCCUGUUGAAAGAUGAAAAUAUUUUGUAUCACAAAUCCUAACUUGAAAGAGUCCUUGGAUCGAGUUUUUUCUUUUCUUUUCUUUUUUUGAAAAUCUCAAUUAAAAAAAAAAAUAUAUAUAUAUAUAUGUAUAUAUAUAUAAGUUCUGUGGAAUGCGAUGCAUUGCUAUCUCCAGUCCGCGCUAGGGCAUUUCCCUGGGUCAAGGGUUGUAUCUUCAUUUUUUUUUCAGAGGUAAUAAGUGGAGUAGUCCUUGAAUCAGACCUAAACCACACUGACAUAUGGAUAUGUUUCUCCAGAAAGGCUCUUGUUUAUUUUCUUAGCUAUCCCAGGCUACCUUGUAAACGUGCAAAGAUUUCCAUGUUUGUAAAAAAUCUGAUACAUAAAAAUGUGCUAAAUUAA